UGGUUUGUUUUAUUAUUUUUGGUGAUUAACGCAUUCAUUGCUGGCAAACAGGAGAUUGUCCUUUUUGAAGGAGUAGUGGUGAUCACCAUCUCUAUCAUCGGUUUAAUGGCUGUACUUAAGGAAUGGUACGACUUGUCGCUGGCUUACGCUAUACUGGAGGCUGUAUUUCUGAUCGUUUUGAUUGUACUCCUGGCGCUAUUCGUGUCGGACAUCCUAUUCCUGUCCAUUACAAUAGCCAUUCAGACGUCUAUAACUAUAUUAGCGUUUGGUUUUGCGGUCGCCGUUAAGGAGAACAACAAAAUCGACAGAAUUAAGAUUCAACACAACUUUGUC